AUGAUUAUUUUCUUAUACACCAUCAUUUGUGCAGCAUUUUUGAACGAGUGCAAUGCUGUUCUGAACCACGGCAGUUCUUCUGGAAUCAAUUCAUAUUUAGCUUCAUCGUCCAAUAAUGACUUGGAAUAUCAAAGAUAUCCAAUUCGAUUUGCGUGUAUAACAUCAAAUUCUCAAACUGAAUUUUAUAUGAUCGAUGUAAAUGGAAGCAUUCCGUCAGCUUUGGUUGAUCAGCUGGAUAAUGGAAAAGGUCUGUCGUUAUUCUUCCAGGAGGCCACGAAUAUUGUAGAUUCUUCGAAUGAGUGGUCCAUGACAUCCAAAAACAAUGUAUGUAUCGUAACGUAUGCCUAUACAUCAAGUUUAUCGAAUGGUCUUGAAGUAGUUGCGGUUGCCGAUAAAAUGGUGUCAACUCAACGCCUUGAAUACGUUGCAAAUUUGGUAGGUGACGUAGUGCUUGGCGUGCAAGGGAAAUGUGUUAAAUCGAAAAGAAAGCAAUGUCUCAGGCACUUAGCACAAGUUGAUGUGAGUGGUUUUGGUCUUGGUGCACAUAUCGCUGGCAGAACUUGUCAAUACUUGAAGCGAAAAUUGCGCCAACGUGUUCGAAUACUAUUGG